UCUUUCUCCAGAAUAACCCGGCCCGGGGGGCAGACGAUUUAAUAUGGCUCAGUAGCACUCGCACACAUGCUGACGUGUGAACAACGCACUGUGUGAUUAAAUGAGACUCGAUCCCGCUAAUCUCCCGCUAUAAAUAGAAGCGCCGGGAUGCAGUGAACACUGAUUCCUCCAGGAGCAUCUCGGAAACAUCUGAGCAUUGGCAGGCCUUCAAUCGAAGCACCAUGGACUACGCCAAGCAGUUAGUGGCGGCGGAGAUUAACGGCGUGUGCUGUGCCAAGAAAUUGGUUGCCAAUUGUUUUGACGGGUUCAGUAAUUUGACUUUAGAGCCCAAGAAAGUCGCGGUUCAAUGGAGAGACGAGAAGGCGCGGAGCGGAGGGGAUUCCUUGGCGGAAUUGGAGGAAGCCUAUGCAACCAUCCUGAGAGGGCUGGGGGAAAAUCCACAGAGGGAAGGACUGCUAAAGACUCCCCACAGAGCCGCGAAAGCCAUGCAGUUCUUCACUAAAGGUUAUCAGGACAAUAUUCCGGACAUACUGAAUGAUGCUGUCUUUGAUGAGGACCACGAUGAAGUAGUUAUUGUGAAGGAUAUCGAAAUGUUUUCACUUUGUGAGCAUCAUUUAGUUCCAUUUUUUGGCAAGGUACACAUAGGUUACCUACCAAAUAAAAAGGUGGUUGGACUAAGCAAACUAGCAAGAAUUGUUGAAAUCUACAGUAGAAGACUUCAAGUUCAAGAACGGUUGACCAAGCAAAUUGCUGUAGCCAUCACAGAGGCUUUGAAACCAGCUGGAGUAGCUGUUGUAAUAGAAGCCACGCACAUGUGUAUGGUGAUGCGAGGUGUGCAGAAAAUGAAUAGCAAGACAGUAACCAGCACAAUGCUUGGAGUUUUCCGUGAGGAUCAAAAGACACGGGAAGAAUUUCUCACCCUGACAAAGGAGUAGAAGGAUCAUUUUCAAAGUAAAACUCUCUUCAAUGUUAGAGAUAACUUCUGGCCUGUCAUGAAAAGAGGCUUGCAGUGAAAAUUCAAAGACAAUUGAUUCCUGCACUGAUUAAAUAAGAUUUAAUUCAUCUAAUUCAAACAAUCGACCAAUGUUUUCCAAAAAUACCGAACUGUUUUAGUGUUUUCCCACCAUACCUGAGUGACAUAUAAUGCAUUAUCUUCUUUGUGUGUGAUGUUGAUUCACUUUGUACCUGUCAAUAUCCUUGUUGUGACGAACUGUAUAGAUCUGCAAUUUCAAUUAGCAUUCUAAAAAAAAUUCCUAAACUUUUAGAAAUUUAUUUUUAAUAAUACAGUAACUAUUAUUAAACCAACAGAGCUGGCAGAUUACUUUAUUAAUAACCAAGCUUUAAUUUUGGGCAGUAAAGAUAUGGGGAAUGCACUGUCUCUCUCUUCAGCAAUCUAAUCACAUUAUUUUUCUCUUUUUUUAAAGUUCAAAGCCAGGGUAUGCAAUGGACUUUCACUUCUCCUAUCUGUCCUAACCAAUAAAUCAGAACUUUCCUCUCUAAUGGCUUCAAUGCUCUUAAUGUGAACCAAAUGUCUAAUUCUCCAUUAGAUAGAUGCUUUAUUGAUCCCAAAGGAAAUUAGUGUCACAGAAGCAUUACAAGUCCACAAACGUACAAAUAACAAAUAUUAGAAGAGAAGUAAGAAAGAAUAAAAAUUAAAAUAUUAAGUUACCUCAAACCAUCUAACAGGAGGGGGUCAUCACUUCCCCAGUUAUAGAUUGACUCAUUUUACACCCUUAUGGCCAAGGGUAAGAAUGACCUCAUGUAGUGCUCUUUGGAGCAGCGCAGUUGUAUCAGUCUGUUACUAAAAGUGCUCCUCUGUUUAGCAAAGGUGGCAUGCAGAAGGUGAGAAACAUUGUCCAGAACUGCCAGGAUUUUCCAGAGGGUCCUCCAGUGUGUCCAGUUUGACUCCUAUAGCAGAGCCAGGAAACACCCAAAUAGCUUUCGUAUUGUAUGGAAACACAUCUUCACUGUGUACAAUUUCAAUUAAAGCACAUUUUGACAGAUCAAACAGAAGAUGCUUCAUUUAAACUCAGUCAUUCUGAGCAAAACUGGAAGUUCUUGACUCUGUGCAAGUGUGCUAAAUGCUCUGUGGCUUUAACGAGGACAAAACAGUAAAAGAAAAUUGUUUUCUUUAACAAUAUGUUUUAAAUGGUUAAGAAGUUUUACUUUUUUAUUUGUAUGCAUCAAUUGUUGAGUGUGACAUUCAGAUAUACACAUAUAUUGCAAACCUGCUAAGUUCUUGUUAGUAAUAGGAGAAUGGGAUAAUCAAUCAGCUGUGAUAGAAUAGGGGACCAAACUUGAUGGGCCAAAUGGCCUAAUUCUGCUUCUAUGUCUCAUCAUGUUACAGUCGUAUAAACCUACAUGUGAUGAAUUACUGAAACAACAUACCCCAGGAAUUACAGUUCUUUUUCAGACUGCGUUGAGUUAGCUAAGUAGUCAUCAGCAAUCCUGAGUUUGUGAACUUGGGGUCAUUAUACUGUACGUUGAUUCAAAUUCAAUUGACAGAGGACAACAUGAUUUUUUUCUGAUGAAGGAGCUCAGCCUGAAACACCAACUGUUUGUUAAUUUCCAUAGGUGCUGCCUGACCUGUAGAGUUCCUCCAGCAUUUUUUGUCUGUCGCUCUGUUGUUGUAUGUGCAAAAUAUAUCCUCACUCUAGAUUGAUGCAUAAAGAUGACAGCUUUAAUGGAGAAUAGCUGGUGCCAUUGUGAAUGUAGUUCAAUACUCAACAAGCAGGCACACCUCUUGGAGUGGAGUAAUGGAAAGAAAGAAUAGAAAGAAAAAAACCAUUUCUCAUGUAGUGAAUAAUAAUCUAGCUACAUUAGUAAUUUGUCUGCUGUGCCACAAAUUUAAAAUAAUUGCUGUUGAUAAUAAAAAAAACAAUACAUUUGCUGGUGUUGUAGCAUAAGAUGGAUGAAAACAAAUCAUCAGACUGAAUUAAGUAAGUGGCAAAGAAAAUCGUACACUUCUGUCUUAUAUGAUUUGUACUAGUCCCCCACAUGCCACAAAUAAAUUUCAGCCCCAAUAUGGUCUCAUUGACUCCCUUGUCCAAAUACUUUGAUGAAGAUCUUAAGAACAUAUUUAAAAUAAAUUUAGGUCUCCAACAAAUUAUCUAAGUUAUGGAUUAAUAUGUACUAUAAUAGUAAUUUCAUGUCAUCUUGCUCUUACUAGUUGUAAUAUUAUACAUUACAUCACUACAAAUUAGAUCAAAAAUACAAUGCUCACCUUUUGUACAAAGUUUUAUAUUAACGAUACAUAUUUCCAUUUUUACUAGAUCACAGCCUUUUAUCAGCUGAAUAAUCUAACUCCAAUGCUAAUACAACAGAUUCUUAGACCAAGAGUCUAUGGAAUGGAAGUAGCAUUUGUGAAAUAUGACUAAAGGACAUCCAAAGUGCUUUACAACCCAUGAAGUUCCUUUUGUAAGACAGCUGUCAACUUGCAUGGUGUAAUAUGAGAAGUUAUUAGGUAGUCUUUGUUAGAUAUUGCAUAAGGAACAGGGUAGUAUAGUAGGGAGAAUGCCUCUACAUGUGUUCUGGACUCUUUUGUAUACCUGAGAGGGAGCCAAAGGAUAACAAUCAAAUUUACCUUUCAUAUGUAAAAGAGUGUCCUCUAAGCUAAGACACCAGAUAUAAAUAUAAAAUAUAUAGAAAAGAUAAUGGUACUCAUGUUUUGUAACCCAUGUCAUUCUUCAAAAUGACACACGAUGUGGCCUUAAUAAGUUCUAAUUGUAUUAUGUAAAAUAUCUUGAAAUAUAGAAAUGACACAAACAUUUCAUUAUCCUGUCAGCCACUAUCACUUAAAUGUUUGUAUUUCUGCUGCAGAUACAUGAUGACACAAUUUCUUAUGUAUCAUUGUACUAAAUCACUGAUUUUUUUAGGCUUGUCACCCUUGGAAAGUUUUAAUUUUAAAUCCACCAUUUCUGUAUAUCUGUGGAAAUAAUUUGUGCCUUUUUAAUUUGUGCAAUAGGGAAGAAUUGUUAUGGGGAUUGUUUCAUAUAUCAUUAUUUAUGGAAAAAAUGUAAUAUAGAAUUUGGUUUUUAUUUUGCUUCUGCUUGUCUGUAACAAUGUUAAAGUGAAUUACUAAAAUAUAACAAGAUAUAAGUUGCAUCUCUUAACCAAAUUUUUUUUCAUGAUUAAUAAAAUUAGGAUAAUAUUAUUAA